AUGCCCGCCGCUUCGAAACGCACGCGUACGGUAACGGCGGACGAGGAGAACGCGCCCCCUACCCCGCCUCCUACGGCUCGCGCGACUCGUCGGACCCCUGCUGUAGCAGCUCCAGAGCCCUCAGUCUCUCCUACGACCAUCACCACCCCUCCCUCCCCCCAACCUACCACUACACCCACGCGACCUAUCCAAACGCCCUCGUCCACUCUCCACCUCGCGCCCCCUACACCUCUCACACGGAGCUCUACCUCGCUAUCGCCAGCCACGCGCCGCACGACCGCCUCAGGGCUAUCGCUCGCAGCGCUCACGCCUAGCCGGGGAGGAGGCAGCGGCGCCGCUGGCCCGUCUCGAGGAGGCAUGCUCGUCCGUACCCAGUCUACACCGGCCCUUUCCAGCCCGACCGACCUGAAGGAAAGCGUCGCGUCUGGUUCAGGUGGAGGUGGGAGGGGUAAGGGUGAUCCCGAGGAUGUCUUUGGCGGGCCCGGAAGGCGGUUUGGAAAGGGCAAGGAGAAUGUACCACCAAAGAAGGACGCGGAGAGGGAUGAGGCCGAGAGCAGUUCCAGGAAGAGGCUACGGGUCAGCCGGAGGGCCAGUGGAAGCGGGAGUGGAAUAGGCAGAGCGAGGAGCGGUAGUGUCGCUAGUGUACGGAGCGAGAGCUCUUCAGGUAUGUCUCCUCGUCCUACACGAGCCCGAAUUCAUGCUGAUAGUGCAGGCCCCAACUCGCUAUUUUCGCGCCGAUCAACCGUCUUUCCUUCCCCCUCUCCAUCACCAUCCAACGCUACUUCAUCGAGCUCAAUCGAUCCCCUUGAUGUCCUCGGUGAGGCGGAGGAUGACAUGGACCUCGAUCGAACUCCUACUAAAGCACGCCCGGUACCUCGUCGAGGCGUCACACUCCCCACACCACCUUCAUCCUCCCCCUCCCUCCGCUCCGAGGUGGACGCGACUGGUCGCCGGAUGCAGCUCGUACGCGUCGAUUCGACCCUCUCCAUCUCGUCGGACGCUACCGAGAACGCGUACAAGCACCUCAAAUCCUUCCUCCGGCUCUCGUCUUCUACCGAGAGAUCCACUUCGGCCGACGUCAUUGGGCGGGAAGAUGAGAAGGCUGUUCUGAGGUCAUACUUCUCGCUUCGGUCGGCGUACGACGUAGGGCUGUACGUUUCUGGACCGCCUGGAACGGGCAAGACCGCGCUGGUCACUGCGAUGGGACGGGAGAUGGCCAUGGAAGGGUGGAAUGUUGUGGAGGUGGGAUGUAUGGGCGUCAACGCGGGCAGUAUCCGGGCGUUGUUGGCUGAGCAGCUGGGUUGUGAGAGGUCAGAAGAGGGCGUACAAGCCGCCAUUGCGCGUCUCGGCAAGAACACCUUGAUCAUCCUGGACGAGGUCGACUCGCUUCUCCCUCCCGCCCCGGCUCUUCCUACACCGGCUACCUCACACCUGCUCUCCCGCCUCUUCUCGCUUCCCCUCCUCUCUACCCCCUCCACCACCAUCAAGUUCAUUGCCAUUUCCAACACCCUCGACCUGACCGUCCGCGCUCGUCUCGUCCUCCCUACCGGCACCCAGCCUCAGGUCCUCCCCUUCCGCGCAUACGGUACCGCCGAGAUGAUCGAGAUUGUCAACUCUCGUAUCGCCGCGGCCGCGAUAGACCGGCUGGACUUUGAGACUGUCAAGGUCGACCAGAAGGCGAUCGAGCUCUUGACGCGCAAAGUCGAGGCGCAGAACGGGGAUCUGCGAACAUGCCUCGCAUCCUUGACAUCGGCCGUCAACCUCGCCGAGGCUGAAUGGGUCAAAAAGACAUUCACGUCCGAGUCGGAUGCGCCUGACGCUCCGGUAGUCCCCCUUGUCAAAAUCGCCCUCCCGCACAUCAUCAAGGCGUUCACUUCGCACACGCAGCAGCUCAAGGCUGCGGCGGGAUCAUCAUCUAGCGCAUCGGGCAGCCCGACCGCCCGCAAGAUCCGCUCGGUACCUCUCCAGGGAAAGAUGGUGCUCGUAUCCAUCCUCAUCUACCUCGCUCGGUGCCGCGUCGGCCUUCCCGGCUGCCCUAGCGCCGCCAGCAACGCCUCGACCCCCACCACCAGCCCGCACAAACACGGCGACCUCUCCACUUCCACCCUGUACGCGACGUAUUCGUACCUCCUUUCUCAUUCCUCCAGCCCCUUCCCUCCCGCCGCCGAAUCAGACUACCGGGACCUCCUCUCCAACCUCGAGACCCUCGGUCUGGUUUCGCUCUUUGGGAACGGAUCGUCCGCGCACAUGUCUCGCUCGACAUCGGCGGGUAAUGCUCGCGGAGGAAAGGGAGCCGCAGCGGGACCGAGGGUCGAGCUGUGUGUACCCGAAGAGGAUGUCAAGUUGGCUUUGGGGCUGGGUGCGGGCGCCACGCAGGGCGGGAUGGCUGAUGAGGAGGUUGGCAAGGUCUGGGACAGGGAGGAUGCGCGGGUCGAGAAGGCUCGGGAGAAGAUUGCGAGGGCGGUAGAGGUCUUGGCGGGUUUGGAGAGGGAUUAG